AUGUGGAGGCAUAGCUCUUCGUCGGUGAGCAUUGAAAUUGUCCCUGAUGGUCCGCCAGGGACCGGGGCGGCGACGCCAGCUGCAUUUCCUCCCGUUCUUCAGAUCGACGGUGGUGGCGACUCCUCUUCGUCGGAAGGACUGUCCGCGAUCCAGUCGAAACCGAGCUUGAAGGCGCGAUUCUCUUCCGGAAGAGCGGCAUCUCUUUCGCCGCCUCAGGUCCCUGUGAGUUUUCGCGGAACUAUGUCGCGGCAAUCUUCAGCAUGUGUGCGGCCCAAGUUGUCUGCGGCAGAAUCGACUUCCAGCCGCCGCCUCGGGGAAGCCCACACACCGGCGCGUGCAGCACGCAGCGGGACGUUUCAGUCCGGCUCGAAUAUGGCGGGGGAGGAAGUUGCCCGCGAUGUUCCAGGUGAUCAGGACACACAUCCCAUCAUAAGGACUGCUUUAUCUACAGAGGCGUUUGCCAAACGGCGUCAAGACGCCGCCCCUCACAGAGGGCGUUCAACGGUGUCCUGGGGCCCAGUCGAGGAAGCUCCGGAACGCUCGACGAACUGGAAGUGGCGGGCCCUGUCAUCCUCCAGUGGUAGCGACACCCCGCCGGACGCCAAGCAUGAUAAGCAAUUAACAUCUGUUGAAAUUGAUGAAGCGGGGAGGAAAUCCUUUGUGGGCUCGCCUUACAGUACCAAGCGCGACACGCCAGCAAGCGCACGUGUAGACUUAGCGCGGCUAGAUUAUAGCGAUGUCCGUGAGCUCCUCCCCCAUAAUGUUCAUUGGGUUCCUCGGGGAUCACGGCUGUGGGCACUCCUUUGCUUGGUUUUCGUCUUUCGCGUUAUCUGUGCCGUGGCACUAUUGAUUGCUGGAGCCAUUGCGUUCAGCAAAAUACGCCAGAGCACUGCCUGCAAGGCGACCUUCUGCUUCAAAGACGAGACUGUUUUUUCCGUCGGAGUCGGGUACGGAUGGGCUCAGAAUAUGCUUAAUGCGCUCGAGUGGCAGCUCCUCAUUCCAGUGCUUGUUUUGGCUGGAACUAUUCUUGUGAACAGCUGCCUUACGUUUGCAGUGGUAUGGGAAAGGACGAAAGAAACUGCUAUCCGCGAGGAGAGAGCGACAGUGAUCUGUGGACUCAUUAGUACCUUCUGUCUCGCGGGUCUCGUGGGGCCGUUCUUCCUUGUUCGGAAGGGCUUCUGCGAGUUCGGCGCCUUUGACUGGAUGUAUCUCCUUGGCGACACAGCCAUCGCCGCCACACGCGCUGGCGAUGAGGUUUGCAAUCAAAACGGGAUGGUUCUGUUUACGAUAAUUAUUGCUGUGAUUGCGGUGUGCUCCGAGAUGUCCCUGUUUUUCCGGGGUUACGCGCGGCUUUUCGAGGCCACCCUUGUUCUGGGGUACCUGAAGUUCGCAGGCGGUGCUGCACUGCUCUUCAUGGCUAUUCUCAUCAGUAGAGAUUCCAUGCAAUACCAAAAUGCCACUCGAGAUAUCAGGAAUGCCUUACUUCUGAAAGCCGUCGAGGAGAGGUGGGGUGGCGUUUCUGCCCAAUCGCUUCUGUUGGCCAGCGAGCCGGGUGUGGGUGUCCUCAAUGAGGCUGAGCUUCCCACUGUGGAUGCUCUGCCAACUACCAUAGCUUCGCAGUAUAGUCUAUUCUUUGACACGAGCAUGGCUGCUCUCUAUAUCAUGGGCUUUGUGGAUAUUGGGUGUGGUCUCUACGGGUGCCUGGCCGCGUAUAGACGCUCCCCCAUGCUUGCGGGCCUCAACGUUCUUGUGAAUUUUGUUUUCGUUGUGGUGAACGCUGUCGCGGUUGGCGGAAUGUUCUUCGGGUCGAAGUCACUACAGUUCACGUGCAACUACAAAAAGUAUCCCGUGCGACAGCUGCCGUACGACCACUACUUCUCACGCCUCGUGUGUCAGUCGCGCGCUGUCUACUUAACCUCUUGGGCCGUGCUGGUCGUCCUUACACUCCUGUUUUUGGUGGACUUCCUUGUGAGCGCUUGGGGAUUCAUUCAAGCGUACUGUCGUAAGGGGCCGGCGGAAGCGGCGGCACUUCAGAAAAACCCCGAAGGAAAAACCGAUUGA